GUCUUAAGACGUGUUUCGCGGGCGUUCGUUCGCGUUCCUCGGAAUCCUUGGAACAACCCCUUAGGCGAUUGUUUUCCACUAGAAGAAAAUUAAUCCUAUAGGUUUCCAAGCAAGUUGAAUCUAACGCCGGAAAGAGCUUAGUAAAUACGAAAAAAAUGUGAUCAAUGUUGAACAUCAGCAACGUGCAUAACAAACUAAAGUGAUCUUGGACUUAAACAAGACAGUUGAAUGAAUUACACGUUGAGUGAUGUUGCAGACUUUACGCAAAACUUGGUAAAACCUGUCUUGGUGAGAAUUUUAAUCAUUGAAAGCCGAUGCAAAGAAGUUCGGAGUUAAACGAAAAAAAGCAUAAAUAGUGACGGGUGGAAAAGCAAGUGGCAACUCAUGAGACAUACAAGCGCAGUGGGAAAUCAGUAGGUGUGACAAAUAUCAAAUAAAUUGGCCGAUUAUCUUCUGAAUAAACCACUCAAAAUAAAGCUCGUGGAAAAGCCUGGAAAUCAAAAUACCUAGGAAGUAAGGGCGGAGUUAGGAUUUCUUAGAGAGACAAGUGGAUCACUUUCGCAAGACAUGGAAGAAGUAAGAGACCUGCAGAUGUGGAUUGUCUUUCAAAUGUGAUGACAUCUGGACUAUUUGCGGACGAAUCGUAAUCAUAACGAGCGUAGCGCAACACUGGGUUCGAGUUUUGAGUAGGUUCGAACCGCCGUACUUCUCGUCCUGACGAAGUGAGCUAUGUUCCGUCGCACUCAGAGCCAGCAUCGCACAAGGGCUACUAGUAAAAGUUGGAGAAAAGAUCCUAACUCCUGACGUUAGACGUAAUAGUCGAUUGGCGAAAGCAGGAGUCCUAACAUAAUAAUAUUCUAGCAAACAUCUCUAUUUCUGCGCUAAACAAGCUGUUCUAAAUCACUCCAGCAAUGGUUUUCAAUGUACUCAUAGCUUCAUCUGUGAUCAAAACAGCCACCGUGGUCGGCUCUAGUCUAUGGCUGAUACCGUUCCUGUUGGGGGCGAUAUCAUACUAUCGGUACGAUCGUGUCGAUCCAGAAUCUCGCGUCAUCGACCAGCAGGGUUUAUAUUCAGAGUAUGAUUUUAUAGUUGUUGGUGGCGGCUCGGCAGGUGCCGUGGUAGCGAACAGACUUACCGAAGUAAGUCGAUGGAAGGUUCUACUUUUAGAAGCUGGUCCCGAUGAGAAUGAGAUAUCCGAUGUUCCUUCAUUAUCUGCCUACCUGCAGCUCAGCAAAUUGGACUGGGCUUACAAAACAGAACCAACCAAUCGAGCCUGUUUAGGAAUGGUGAACAAUCGUUGCAACUGGCCAAGAGGCAAAGUUCUCGGUGGGUCCAGUGUGUUGAAUUAUAUGGUUUACGUCAGGGGCAAUAAAAAUGAUUUCAACCAUUGGGAAUCACUCGGAAACCCUGGCUGGGGCUACGAUGACGUGCUGCAAUUUUUCAUCAAAUCAGAGGAUAAUCGCAACCCAUAUCUUGCCAAAAACCCUUAUCAUGGCACGGGAGGUUUAAUGACAGUACAAGAAGCGCCGUGGCAUACACCGCUGGUGGCAGCCUUCGUAGAAGCUGGCACAGAAAUUGGAUAUGAAAACAGAGAUAUUAACGGAGCCCAACAAACUGGGUUCAUGAUUGCUCAGGGAACUAUUCGACGCGGCAGUCGGUGUAGUACAGCAAAAGCAUUUCUCAGACCAAUUCGGUUAAGAAAAAAUUUGCACAUCGCUAUGAACUCGCACGUUACCAAAUUACUAAUCGAUCCCAGCACCAAGCGAGCUAUCGGUGUUGAAUUUUUCCGGCAGGGAAAACGACAUUUCAUCAAGGCAAGGAAAGAUAUAGUUAUGUCAGCGGGGUCUAUCAAUACUCCGCAAAUAUUGAUGUUAUCAGGCAUUGGACCAAAAGAACAUCUAGAUGAAGUAGGCAUUCAAACUCUGGUGGACCUUCCAGUAGGCAAAAACAUGCAGGAUCAUGUUGGAAUGGGUGGUUUGACAUUCCUAGUGGAUAAACCAGUAGCAAUCCUGCAAAAUCGCCUGGAGGCAGCUUCGGUCACUAUGAACUACGUCAUCAAUGAGAGAGGGCCAAUGACUGUACUCGGAGGACUGGAGGGUAUUGCCUUCGUUAACACUCCGUUUGCAAACAUAUCUCAAGACUGGCCUGAUAUACAGUUCCAUAUGGCACCGGCGUCAUUAAACUCCGAUGGUGGAGCCCGUGUUAAGAAAAUUCUAGGCCUGAAAGAGGAUCUUUAUAAAGAAGUGUUCCAUCCGAUUUCCGAUACAUACAGUUGGACAAUUAUGCCACUUCUUUUACGUCCUCGAUCUCGUGGUUGGGUUCGCUUGAAGUCGAAAAAUCCCUUCCACUACCCGCUUAUGAAUCCUAACUACUUCGAAGACCCAUUCGAUGCAAUGACACUCGUCGAGGGUGCCAAAAUAGCUCUACGUGUUGCAGACGCCAAAGUAUUCAAACAAUUCGGUAGCCGAUUGCACCGGAAACCACUGCCCAACUGCAAGCAUCACAAAUUUCUCUCCGAUGCCUAUCUCGACUGUCAAGCACGCACUAUCUCUAUGACUAUCUAUCAUCCAGUGGGUACUACUAAAAUGGGGCCAGAAUGGGACCCAGAAGCUGUAGUAGAUCCAAGAUUGCGUGUCUACGGAGUGUCGGGACUACGCGUUAUCGAUGCCGGCAUAAUGCCAACAAUCGUGAGCGGGAACACGAAUGCUGCUGUGAUCAUGAUCGGUGAAAAAGGGGCAAACAUGAUCAAGGAAGACUGGCUGGGACAUAGUUAGUAGAAACACAAGCAGCUGAAACUAGAUUACCCUAAUGAUUAUUUGUUAAUAAGUAGACAUGGAAUAGUUGUUUUAGUUACAACAUCUAAUUAGACGAAAUACUGUGUGCCAUUUAGCGGUGAACUGAAGAAUGAUGAAUGAUACGUGUGAGAUGAUAAUACGGUCAUCACUUGUAAACCUGUAGCUAUUUCCCCCCCUUCUGCUGUUUGUGCAUCAAUGAGAUUGUCAGUGCUUAAGGCCAACAACCCCAAAACUAGUUGUGUUACGAGUUACUCUUGGUAGCGUAAGAUCAAGUCCAACAAGACCAAAAACGACGAAUUG